UCGAUAAUAAGUAGUGAACGUGGUCUGACACACUACCAAAUAAAGUCCAUCCGCGAACUAAGCCGAGCCGAAAUACAGUUUAUUUUGUUUUUCGUUCCUUGUUUCAUAAAUAUAAUUUAUAUAGUUAAAUUAAAUUAACAAAAAAAUAAAUAAAUAAACAUGAAACUCCACAGCAAAGUCUUCUUCUUCGUUUUGGUUGUACUUGCUUGCACAUCGGUGUUCGCGGAGGAGGAAGGUUCAAAGAGAAAUGCCAUCUUAAGGAGGCCAGCAUCACGUGCCGCUCCUAAGACAACUACCACAACAUUAGCGCCGAGUGAAGGAGAAGAAGAACCUGCUGGCGAAGAGGAAUAUGAUAAUCAGGAAUAUGGCAAUGAGGGUGAGGGUGAAGCUGCAGAUGCUACAUCAAGCACAACAACAACAUCAACAGAAGCACCUAAAAAAAUUGGACCAAUGAUUAGGCCAUUCCGUACAAAUGAUGAUUUUUUGAGCUCUCUGAAGCGUCGUCAGCAAAAUGCUAAGAAAGCUUUGAAAGAAAAGCCAACUCCAAAGGCCACAAGAACUGAUGAACCUAAAGGUGAUGAUGAAGAAGAAAGUGAAUCAGCACCAGCCCCAGCUCCAGCUUCGCAGUCAAAAUUCAAGAGCAACUCACCUCUUAGCCGAAGAAAACCAUCCAAGCCAGUUAAGGCUGAGCCAUCUGAAGAAGAAGCUGCCCAAGGUGAAGAAUCAGCACCAACACCAUCUCCUGCUGCAAGACGUCCAGGACGUUUAGGAUUAAAGCCACGAAAUUAAUUUUUAUUUUUAGAAUUUAAGACUUAAAAGAUUUCUAUAAUUUCUUUUGUUAAUAAUAUAUUUUUUAUGUACAUAAAGAAAAUUUGAAAAUUUUAUAAA